GCUCCGUUAGAGCCGUCCCGCCCUCUGUUUUAUUGACCCUCCCUUUGUGUUCGCCCGCAGCGAUAAACAUUAGCCGACUAGAGUGCGCGCCAUUGCGGUAAUUUGGGCGGGUGCAGACCACACUGUGCUGGAAAAACGUUGCUCUUACCACAAAUUUCCUUUCGUUUAAAACCAUUUUUACGCUUGACGACAUCAACAGUAGCGAUCAGACAACAACAUGUCGCAGAAUUCGGGCUACGUGCCUUCGGAGGACGACCGGGACUCCCGCAUAGAGGCGACGGUGAACGAGUACCAGAGCAUCCGCAGCUCGGACGCCAUGCCUCCCCGGGGAGGGUUCCUGUACUCCAACCCCCUGCCCGGGCCGGUAGACCCCGUGUCACCGCCUCAGAACGGCAGUGUUGCAGAGGGGAAGGACGUGGAGACGCCUGAAGUGGGGUACGGGUUCUCGGCUGGACCUGCAAAGUUCGAAAUCGCAGACCCCGAAAGUGCGAUCCCAAAGAACACUGGGCCUUACGCCGGCAUGCCCAAGGAGGUCCUCCUGCAGUACUCCGAGCAGCCGCUAUGGGUCGGACUGCGCUGGUUCUUCCUGACCAUCUUCAUCGUGGCCGGCCUGGGCCUGAUCGCCUGGACCGUCUUCGUCAUCAUGACGUCACCAAGCUGCCUGCCGUGGUGGCAGGACACCGUCAUCUACCAGAUCUACCCAAGGUCAUUCAAGGACUCUGACGGAGACGGCAUCGGCGACAUCAAAGGCAUUCACGAGAAGCUGGGCUAUCUGGAUGACCUGGGCGUGAAGACCGUCUGGUUGAGCCCCAUCUUCCCGUCUCCCAUGAAGGAUUUCGGCUAUGACGUGUCCGAUUACACCGGGAUCUGGGAGACGUUCGGCACGCUGGACGACUUCCAGAGACUCCUGGAUGCAAUGCACGAACGAGGAAUGAAGUUGAUCCUGGAUUUCGUUCCCAACCACACCAGUGACCAGCAUGAAUGGUUCAACAAAAGUCGGGCCAGGGAGGAGCCAUACACAGACUACUACGUCUGGAAGGACUGUAGUGAUGACAACGACGGCGACGGAAUCCCCGAUCCCCCUCCAACUGACUGGCGAUCUGUGUUCACCGAGUCUAUGUGGCAGUGGGACGACACCAGAGGACAGUGUUACCUGCACCAGUUCCUGGUGGAACAGCCGGACCUCAACCUCAGGAAUAAAGACGUUAAACAGGAAUUAACAGACGUUGUCCGUACAUGGUUGUCCCGCGGAGUGGACGGGUUCAGAGUGGACGCCAUCGCACACGGUCUGGAGGAGCCGACUUACACCAUGGAUGCCCCUGAAGCCCCGUGUGUGGCACAAGGCAACUGCGGCCCGGACCCGUACUACCGUCAGCUGCAUAACUACACUUUCGAGUACGAUCCAGACACUCUACACGGCAUCAUCCAGGGGUGGAGGGACAGCGUCUUAACCGAAUAUAGCAAUGAACCAGAGAAGUACAGGUUCAUGGUGACGGAGGUGUACCUGCCACCGCAGGGGCUGACCAGGUAUUACGGCAGCAACGGGAAAGUUGAGGCGGACUUCCCCUUCAACUUCCAGCUGAUCAGUGGGGACUCUAAGUACGGGAACCUUCCGGACUACGAGCUGACCGGCACCAAGACGCACGAGCUUGUGGAUUCCUGGCUGAAGGAGGUACCUGCACGGCGCUGGCCGAACUGGGUGCUUGGUAACCAUGACAACCACCGCUUGCCGAACCGGUUCAAUCCGGAGUACUCUCGAGCCAUGGUGAUGAUGCUGAUGAUGCUGCCUGGCACGCCCACCACUUACUAUGGAGAGGAGAUCGGCAUGUCCGACAUCACGCCAGAGGUGGGGAAGACUCAGGAUCCAUUCUGCCCCGACUCUGGGGAUCCAAUGGAUCAAUCUGGUACGUUCUUUGCGACUUGCCGAGACUACGAGCGUGCUCCCAUGCAGUGGAGUGCCGAAUCCAACGCUGGAUUCAGUGACAACAACGAAACUGAUCAGUACGGUUGGACAACAUGGCUACCCGUCAACAGCGACUACCAACAAGGAGUUAACGUUGAGGAGCAACAAUCUGCAACUGACUCUGCCCUCAGCAUGUACAAGGCGCUGAUCGCCAUGCGUGGACUGAGCCAUCUUGCCAUCCACAGGGGGUGGUUCUGCUACGUACUUUACAACGAGAACACCUUCGCCUUCGUCAGGGAACUGGAGGGUGCUCCGGGAUACCUUAUCGCCAUGAACUUGGGUGAUCAGCCCCUCACAGAUGACUACUUUGCGCUUGACGUCGGGAUUCCACUCGAGGGCACCAUAGCCGUCAGCACUGGGAUGGACCGCAAUGGCGAUCGGGUCCAGCUGAACAAGCUCGACCUGGCGGUUGGAGAGGGUCUCGUCAUCGAGUACGCCGCCGGCCACAACGUGCACAAGCACGAGAGCAUGGAGGAGGGUCGCGACUGUUACAUCUUCUCGGAGAAGGCCUACGUCAACUUCAUGGGCAUUCUCAGCACCUUUAGGGUGGAGUAAAGAACCCAACACACAUAUCGAGAAGAGUCACUGAGCGGUGACCUGGAGUGCUUAGCUGUUAUAAACAAAGGCACCACUUAUUGUACUUGAAAAAAGCAUCUAGUGUAUUUUGUUAUAAGUCAAAGAGCAAGAAAGGUGCAUUACUGGAUGUGGUGAAGAAAUAAAAAAAAUAGGGGUGAAAUACUAAGACCCCACAUUUCUUUGGAGAAUGAUGAACUUAUCGACAAGUCCCUCAAGAAAGAGCUCAGAUUCAAAUUAAAGCAUAAAAAAGCAACACAAAAGAGACAACAAUUUCUUUUUGCUGAUGAGUGAAAAAUGUAUUGCACCAUUAAACCCUACAUGUAUGUUAAGUCUGAUAUAUUCAUAUCAGAUGUCUUUCUGUCAAUGCAAUUGUAUCAAUAAACAUGAUCUUGCAUUCUCUG